CUUUAUUUAUUGUCCCUGCUGCCUUGGUAAGUCAAAAUUUGAUUAUUAUGUUAUAGUUGUAUGAACGUCCCCCCGGAGCCGGGGGGAUGUGUCCCCCCGGCUAGUAAUUUGUUUACCAUUACUUCAAAUAAUGAAUCUGGUAUGGAAACAGAUGGUUCCAUGUCCAGUCGCACAUUAAAACGGAGCCGGCUCCAUGUUUGCAAACAUUGCAACAAAAAAAGGCGCAAACAUUCCUCGUCAGAACCUAAAGUUACAGAUUGCAGUUGCUAUGAAUCCACCGCAACGCCAGUCCAACAAGAAUCAAAUAGCCUGAGUGUCAAUGACUCUAAAACUUCUCCUGUGUCCAUACCCUCCCCAGUACUGAUUCCUAUAGGCAGGAAGUUUUAUGACAAAACCGAUGCUUCACCUUUUGUAGUGCAUGUACAGAGAGAGCAAGAUUCAUCAUCAGACGGAAUCACAAUGCAUCCCAUGUCGUUUGGUAAAUUUCUCAAACAAAACUCUUUUUACAAUAUAAUUAAUGGAAGUGUAAAAAAGAUUGGGCGAAAUAAAAUGCAAGUUUCGUUCUCAAAAUUUACUGAUGCAAAUAAUUUCAUCAAUCAUAGUAGUUGGUCAAAAAAUAAUUUAAAAGCAUAUAUUCCAACAUUUAACAUUACACGAAUGGGUUUAGUUAGAGGUGUCCCUGCAGAGUGGUAUCUGGAGGAAGUUAAAAGUAAUAUUUCUGUUCCCAUAGGUUGUGGUGAAAUUCUGAAAGUAAGGAGACUAAAUUAUAAAUCCUUUGUAGAUGGAACUCCUACCUGGAAGCCAUCCCAAACUAUAGUUUUAACCUUUGAUGGCCAAAUUUUACCAAAACGAAUUUUCAUGUGUUACAAUGCACUCAAUGUGGAUCUGUAUAUAUUUCCUACAAUCCAAUGUUAUCACUGCUGCCGUUUCGGACAUACUAAAGUUCAAUGUAGAUCUAAACCUAGAUGUUUUAAAUGUGGUCAAAAUCAUACAGGUGACUCAUGCAAUAUCACAGAGGAAGAUGCGCUCUGCUGCUGGUGUGAUGGGCAUCACUACGCCAAUAAUAAAUCCUGUCCGGAAUAUGUUAGGCAAUCCCAAAUUAAAUUAUACAUGGCACAAAACUGUGUAUCAUACGGAGAAGCAUCAAAAUUACUUCCACCCAUAUCUAGGUCCUAUGCUGAUACUUUAAUGACCCCUUCCACAAAAAUAGUAAAUGAACCUAUGAUUAGUAAUUUAUCUAAUAGUAACAUAAACCACACAACAUCUUAUAAAAAAACUAUUUUUAAGAAACCGCAUAAUAUGCCUGCAUUUUCAAAAGGCUAUGAUACCAUAGCCCAUAAUACUAUAUUGAAGGAAUUUGCAAUUCCUACCCCUAACAAUGGCUGUGGUCUUAGUACAAGUGAUGACAGAACAUCCUCAGUGAAUCAACUCCCUCCUGAUUUUAUUACUGCUCUCUUCAAUGUGUUUACUCAAUUCAAUAUCCUGCCACCGUCCAACGCUGCUCAGAUUACUAAAAAUAUCAUUCAAUUCAUCAAUGGACAGACAAACAGACAAGAUAAUACAGUGGAACUGCCGUAGUGCCUUAAGCAAAAAAAAUGAAAUUAUUCAUUUAAUAAAUAAAUUUUACCGAAUAGUCUUGAAAUACAAAGAACUGUAUGAAGAGGCUUGCCCCAGGGAUCAGUUCUUAGUCCUUUACUUUACAGUGUAUAUACUCACGAUUUUGACACUUUAUUUGAAAAUAAUAUUAAGUUGUUGCAAUACGCUGAUGAGUUAUUGAUUUAUUCUACAAACCGUCACAUAGAUAAUUCUUCUUUGCAUAUUAACUCAGCUUUACGUUCUUUGCAGUAGCGGAUCCAGGGGGGGGGCUAAGGGGCUCAAGCCCCCCCCAAAGGCAUUUGGGUCCGCCCCUGACAAAUCUCACACUUUAUUAUCCUACUUACUUUCUUAGACUCUUAACAGAGAAUAAAUAAUAUACUGUUAUACUAUUACAGUGGGGAAGAAUCUAUAUAUCACGAUUCCCAUCAUGAAAAAUCUAAUCUAUUGGGUCAACUGUACGGUACUUUAAACUGUGACGUGACGAGUUUUAAAUUCGCGCGCCAAUCGAGCGCGGACGCGCUUGUCGCGAGCUGCGCUGGUACUUGUGCUUGAGAUAGAGAUAUACCGUACGCACACAUCUCUACACCCACGGCCGGCCGUACGCAGCGUACGGCCGGCCGGUACGUGGGUGUGUGUUGGUAGCAUUGCGGGCGGAGCGAGCUUUGAUUUGAUUUUGAUUGAUUAGUUGCACAAAAACAAUAGACGGGUGUGUUACGCAGUGCUUCUGCUUAUUCAAGUGUUUUAAGUUGUUAUUUGGGUCUGGGCGUGCUUUGCUUUUGUUCAAUUUUGAAAAAAAAUGACAUCAAAACGUAGUAAGCAAGGAGAUCUUCGUUCGUUUUUUAUUCCGAAACGAAAGAAAGAGGAGGACGAAUCGCGCGAUAAUGAAUGAACCAAUAUUACCGAGACACAACGUCAGCAACUUAAUAUUGUCGACCCAAAAUUCAUCAGAGCCGGAACCAGUGCCAGAGGCUAGUACAUCCACUGCUUGCGCUGAAUAUCGUUUUGAUAUUUCUUAUGCAAUAGGAAAAUCACUAAGUAACGAGAAAAAGUAUAAAUAUCUGACGGAGUCUUUAGAACCACCUCGUAGUUAUGAAUAUCCAGAGCAGACAGAGGGUGGACAAAAAAGAAAGUUCAGAUCUGAUUGGCUAAAGGAAUACUCCUGGCUAGUCUAUAGUCAAGAACAGAACGGCGCAUAUUGUUUGCCUUGCGUACUAUUUUCUGGUCCAGAUAGUGGGGGCAAGCAUUCUGUGGCUUUAGGAUCUUUAGUGACUCGUCCACUUUGCAAAUAUAAAAAAGCAUUAGAAAUUUUCAAAAACCAUUCCGCUACCGAUUACCACAAAAUGGCGGUGUUAAAAAGUACAAAUUUUAAAAGUUCAUAUGAAAACCCUGAAAAAGCUGUAAAUAAUUUAAUCGAAACUGAGAAACUUAAAAUGAUUAAAUCAAAUAGAGAGCGGCUGAUUCCUAUAGUUAAGACGAUUAUACUGUGUGGUCGAGAAAAUAUACCCUUAAGAGGCCACCGAGAUGAUGGUACAUUGAGUGAUGAUAUCGGCCAAGGAAAAUUUCGAGCACUGUUAAAAUUUCGUAUUGACUCAGGUGAUUCAUCACUCCAAAAACAUUUAGAAACAGCGCCAAAAAAUGCUACAUAUCUAAGCAAAACAACUCAGAAUCAGCUGAUUGAUUGUUGCCAUUCUGUUAUACUGAAAAAGGUACUUGACAAAGUCAAAGAAGCAAAAUAUUAUGCCGUUCUUGGCGACGAAACAACCGAUGCCAGUGGAACAGAACAACUCAGUAUAUGUAUCAGGUAUUUGGAUAUAAAAGAGAGCACAAUACACGAAGAGUUCAUAUGCUUUCUAUCUGCAACUGACUUGACUGGUGCUGCAUUAAGCAAUCAAAUCAUUCAAGAAUUAAAUCAAGUUGGCUUACAAAUUGAGAAUUUGAGAGGUCAAGGUUAUGACGGAGGAGCUAACAUGUCAGGAAAGUAUAGUGGCGUACAAUCCCAAAUAAAACAGCUUCAACCGCUAGCGACUUAUAUGCACUGUGCAGCACAUAAACUGAACCUAGCUAUCGUAAAGGCCUGCAGCUUACCUAGUGUUCGCAAUAUGAUGGGAGUUGUAAGUAGUGUUACCGUUUUUGUGCGUGAAUCAUCAAAAAGAUUGGGACUUAUCAAACAAGCCAUCCUUGAAAAACACCCUGAGGCGAAAAGAGUUAAAUUACAAAAUCUAAGUGAUACACGCUGGCUUGAAAGGCAUGAUGCACUCCUUCAAUUCAAAGAACUCUUUGACUCUAUCAUACAAUUCCUUGAAGAAUUUGACAGAAUUUCUCCGUCUUCAAAAAGUGCAAGUCUUCUGGCUUCCAUUCAACGAUUUGACUUUGUUUUACCUUUGGCGGUAACCGCCGCUGUAUUUGAAAUUACUGUUUCGCUUUCACGGCAACUUCAGGCUGUUGCAUUAGACCUUAACCUUUGCUAUGAGAUGGUAGACAGUGUAAUUAGAAUAUUGGAAAGGUACAGAGAAACUAAAUAUGAAGAAAUUUUCCAAGAGGCGUGUCGUAUUGUAGAGCCUUUGGACAUCCCAGUGCAGGCACCCAGAACCACCAAACGUUCAACUCAUCGCUCAAAUAUAGAAGCGCCUGAUGCUAAGGAAUACUACAGAUUGAAUGUAUUCCUUCCUUUCAUCGAUUUUGUAUUGGGACAGCUUAGGAGUCGCUUUUCGAGAGCAGAGCACUCUUCAAUUCUCGACCUGUUCACCCUUAUACCAAGUGCCAUCGUAAAAAUAGAAAAUCUGAACUCCAUAGAGGCAGCUGCGCGUGUUUACAGCAGCGACUUACCUCAUCCUCUCUCGUUAUCAGGAGAAAUAACUCUUUGGAAAGAGCUUUGGAAAGACAGGGAACAUCUUCCCCAAACAGCAGCAGAGGCCCAUCAAGAGGCAAAUGAGUUUUUCCCAAAUGUUAAAAUUUUAUUGCAAAUACUUGCUACAUUACCAGUAUCCACUUGUAGUGUGGAGCGCAGCUUCUCUUCGCUCAAACUAAUAAAAUCGUACCUUCGCACGACAAUGACUGAAGAGAGGUUGAAUGGUUUGGCUGCAAUGUAUAUUCACCGAGACAUAUCCCGCAGCCUACAACCAGUCGAAGUCAUUGAAGAAUAUUCAAAAAGACACUCGAGGAGACUCACUAUGCAUUAA